AUGGAAUAUUACAGACGGUGGUUAGCAGAUGAUGUGGCACAGACCUGUCCCCUUUGUUCUCAGAAGUUUACACAGAUUCGUAGAAAACACCACUGUCGGCAAUGUGGAAACAUUCUUUGUAGCAAAUGCUGCAAUGAGAAGGUUCCUCUUCCACAACUUGGAUUCGAAGAACCAGAGAGAAUUUGUGACAAUUGUCUUGAAGUGACAUCCCUUGUGACGAAGUCAAGAUCACUGCAGAUGUCUUUCAAGUUAGAAGCUGCUAAGGGUUUGACAGAGUUGUGCAAGGAUCCUGCUGGACUAACAAAGGUUGUUGAAAUGGGUGGAGUCCAAACACUGAUAUUUCUUAGCCAAAGUGGAAAUGAUGAAGUGAAAGCAGCUGUUGCUACAGGACUUCAGAUCCUCUCCACUCAUCCUCCUUUACAUUCAGUGUUAGCUAAGUGUGGUGGAAUAAAGGCCUUGUGCAGCAUACUAUCAACUGUGAAUGAGAGUCAGGAACAGACACUUAUUGAUGGAAUCAGUGCACUGAUGAUAUUUUGUAAAUCACCUGAAUUAAAAGCACAAGCAUUAGCUGAUGGUGCAUUAGAUCCUGUUCUUACAAUGUGUGCAAUGAAAGAAGCCAUAGCACUUCUUGCUCUGAUGACAUUAAGUCACAUUGUUGAACAUCAUGGAAACUUGGCACCCCUUAUAGAGAGCAAUCGGAAUGCACUGCCUAGAAUUUUAGCAUUGACAAAGGCACAAGAUGAAAAGAUUCAAGAGAUAUCAUUAAGAAUUCUUGCACAGAUGUCUGUUGGAACAGACUGGCAGAGGCAUCGUAUUGUGCAGGAAGAUUUCUCAGCUGGCCGAUGUUUAGUUGAAGCACUGACGAGAGGACCAAAAAACUUGCAGGUCCUUGUGAAUGCUUCAUGUCUGAUUGCUAACCUAGCGACAGGAGACCAAGAUCAGAUGUCCCUCAGGGAUUGUUUAGAAGCCAUGUGCUCAUUGACUUCAUCACACACUGGGCAUAAGGACAUCCAGACACAUGUAUCCAGAGCUCUUGGCAACUUUGCAAAUUUCCAUCAAAAUUCUGCUAUUUUGGUAUGUAUGUGUCAAGGUUAAGCUAUUGACACCUGGAGCUUUUUGGCAAAAAUGGAUUUUUUGGACAUUUUCAACAUUUUCAGCCUGAAUGUGGGCCAAAUUCACACCAAUCUACUCAAAAACGCAUUUGUAAGAUGAAAGCGUGCCUCUCUUUCCAAGCUAGCAUCACAUUUUAUAACAUUUUUGCUUGGGCAGGCGCAGAAAUCAACAUUUUGGGAUUUUUUUUGGAUGAGAA